GUCUUCCAGUGGAUGUUGCUGCCUUGGCAGCAACGCGACCAGGGAGACCCCAGUCCCCUAGCCCUAGCCAACUACAAGGCAUCUUGCCCUACCCUUGUGAAACUGCACGGCGCCUGUGAUUAUGACUUGUCUGAUGAUGACAAGAGCUUGCCCGUGCGCACGCCAGACAUUAACGGUGAGUCGCCGCGGCGAGCGGAGGAUAAUUUGAGGGUCUUCAUGGGCAAGAUCCCCCAGGGCACUGGCUCGCCAGAUGAGGGUGGAGGUACAAGGGGCUGGUCAACUACUGAGAACCAUUGCAUCUACACCUUGCGCCAAAGCGCAGUCAUCUAUGCUGGAAGCUCGUUGUGCAUAAGGGUCACUGCCAACAACCCGGACAUGCCUCUGCAGCGGAUGAAUCCUGUCAACCGAUGGCAGGUCACGCUCACCAGCAAGGGCUACCACCAGUAUGAAGUCACUUUCCCUCCAGUGAUCUUCAACACCAUUCUCGCAAACUUCAGCUCCAACACUGUGCGCAGCAAGCUAGAGACUAUGCAGCUGGAGUGGUGA